AUGCCAGACCUAACUCUCUGUAUACUGGGAUGUGGUAAUCUCGGUACACCUAUCCUGAAAAGUCUCACCAACGCCCCUCCGGACUCUCUCCGUGGCAUCACUCAAUUUGUCGCCUGCGUCCAAAGUGAGGGUUCGGAAAAGCGACUUCAAGAUCUCUUCUCUCAGCAUCAAAAUGUCCGUAUUUUGAGGAAAGACAAUACAACCGCCAUCGAAACUUCAGAGGUCAUAAUCCUCGGUGUCGACCCUUCACAGGUCGAAGCAACAUUACAAGAAGAGGGUAUCAAAGAGGCCUUGCAGGGGAAACUCUUAAUCAGUAUCGUAGCAGGCUGGUCACGCUCUGCACUGGAAUCACUUGUUGGCGCCGACCCGGAAGCAAAAGACGACGGGAAAAAGACGUGGGUUCUGCGUACACUCCCAAAUGUAGCAGCGCUUGUCUCUCAGUCCCUAACAGCCAUCGAACACCAUCCCUCGCCCUCUUUCCCAGCCGAAUACUCAGCGCUAGCAACAGCGAUAUUCUCUCAGAUUGGUAAAUCACUCCCUGUUCCGCCCAGUCUUAUGCCCGCUACCACAGCUGUCAGCGGCUCCACGCCCGCAUUCUGGGCCAUCAUAGUUGACAGCCUCAUCGACGCCGCUGUGGCUGUGGGGGUACCUCGGAAGAUAGCUCAGGACCAAAUCUACCAGAGUAUGAGAGGCAGUGCGGAGAUGCUUCAGAGUGGGAUACAGCCGGGGGAAUUGAGGGACAUGGGGACAAGUCCGGAGGGGUGUACGAUUGCGGGGGUGAUGGUGCUGGAGGAAGGUGGGGUAAGAGGCGUUCUAGGAAGAGCAUUGAGGGAGAGUGUUACAGUUUCUAGAGCGAUGGGCAAGGUCGGGGAAGGGGAGGAGGUGCAUGUUAAUGACACUAGGAAAAUUUAG